GCUGAAGCCGCCCAUCAUUUGGGACAAUUUAGUGGAGAUUUGGGACGACGAGGCGAGCCAGACCAUCUGGUCUCCCUGGGAAGACCGGCACUUCACCGAGCCCGGCUUCGACGUGACGAAGUUGCAGCAAGAGUACGCCGCGUUGUUAGCGUCGAAAUCCACGUCUCUCACUUCCGUGAACGACUUUAUCCUGAGUAAAAACGUACUCACACCAGAGUCAAGAUGGGAAAUCUGCUAGACAAAUCAGCCAGCUUUGCUCGUUUGGCAUGACAAGUUUGUCCUCGUAGCCAAAUCCUGUUUAGGUAGUUCAACAGCAUCACAGAUCUAGUAUAUCAUGCUGAUUGUAGCAACACAAAUUCCAAAACACCACUAGAAAUGCCUCUCAUGGCGCUCCGCAUGACAAACUUCUUUGGCAUGCAGAUUUACAUGACAAACUCUGGGGUGGGGACGGUUUUACUCAGAAUAGACUUUCUGGUCACGCUAUCCGUCACGCUCGGCCGCAUCGCGUUGUUUGACCCGCCGGACUAUGCAUUGCAAAUAUGUCUGGGUCUGGAAGGUUGGAACUUGUGAUGCAUGUUGCGGAUCAUACAAAAAUCUGUGCUGCGUGACUUGCAAAAGGUGCGUACUUCUGGCCAUGCUGCGAGGGCAUUUCUCAUGCAGAACAGGCAUCACAAAGGGGCUGCGGAUCCUGUGAUGCUAGGCCCUGCAUUCCAGACUUGGCGGAGCUUGGAAAAACUGCAUGACAAAUCUCAGCAUGGCGGAGCUUGGAAAAACUGCAUGGCGGAGCUUGGAAAAACUGCAUUGCGUUGCUGGUCCUGUGCCAGUCGCGGGGCAUGUUCGGGUGUUCCGGGCUGUGCUUUGUGCACCCCUCGGACCCCGCACCCCCCCGGGCUUAGUAGCGCAGUCUGUUAAGCAUGACAAAUCUCAGAAUCUUCCAGACCCAGACAUUUUUGCAUUUGAUACGGACGAGAUUUGGCUGCAAACCCCGACGGUGCAGUGGAAUCAGGAGUUGAAAUUCGCGCACAACUACACCCUGGUGUCGGAGUUGUUCAAGAAGGGACUGCGGUACACGUGGAACGAGGAGACGGAAUGCGGCAGAAUUGGCCAACUGAAAAUCGAGGUCGACGACUACCGGUCGCCAAAAACCGUCGGCAUCGCGACCAUCUGGCUGCCGCACUGCGUGGAUUACGAGUUCAGGGAGAAGCAGGCGGUGGAAGGUAGUGCUGGC